UCUGUGCCAAGUGCGUACUCCGCAAUUGCACAAGCGAUGCCGUUCAGUCGCGAAGAGAAGGCAGCAGCGCAGAAAGCGGCCGCAGUCGCCGCCGUCUCCAGCUCGUCGACCGAAGAAGACGAAGAGGAGUGCUGCAAGCCCGGCGGAUGCCUCCACAACACCAAGAUCAGCGCCGAACAGUUUUGUGAUGCCGUGCGAGUGAUCUGCAACAACGAUCAAUGCACGCACGGCAACUUCAUGCACGCCGACUGCUUCAGCGCGUUCGAGGACGGCAUCAUAAACUUUCUGAAGGGAAUCGGCCGCGCGCGCAGUUGGUCCGACAAGCAGCGCAGACAGAAUCUGUGGACGAAGAAAGGCUACGAUUUGGCGUAUAAAUCGUGCGGAUGCAGCUGCGGGAAGGGCUAUAUACGCAAAGACCUCAAUUACAACCAGCCGAAAAGGGAGAUGGAGCGUGCAGAUGAUGGGAGAGCAGCAGGCGAGGAAGGGAAAGGGAAACGACGGCGCAGGAAGGGUGGUGAGAAACCGAGCUUGGGCAACUCUCGCAGCGUUGCCGGAGCGAGCGGUAAUGGCGAGAUACGUGCGAGUGAGCGUUACUCUGUGAGUCCUCCGAAACAACCGCAGACGCGUCGCGUUCCCCCAAGUCCGACAGGGAAAGUGGUGGAUGAUGCGUGGGAGGAGCCGUGGAUGACGGCGUCGAAUGGGAGGCGACGGAGCGGCAGUGCGACGAAGAACGGAUUUCAGAGGAGACGCAGCGCCAAGUGCCUUCAACAGUUGCUCUCGCCGCACAAGAUAAACAACUUUCAAGUGCGGAUGGAGGACGAGACGCACGUGACUGAUGACGUCAAGCCUAUCGUGCACGAGACGUUAUCUUAUCACCAUACCAACUGCAUUGAUUGUCUUGUGUGCGGACGUCGCUUGGUUGUUUUUGACAAAUUUCCACUACUCGAUGGAACGUUUUUUCUCACUCCGGUGUCUCUAGCUGUUCAAGAGAGACCGAAGCAGACUUUUCCAGUCUCAGUUGGCAGUCAGACUCAACUACUAGCCGCUGUGUGCAUCUACUGUCUUCUAGGUCACAACUCCAUUACUUGCAAGGCCUGUUCGAAAACUUGGGAUGGGUCUAGCCAUCAACUGGGAAGCUGCUAUUCGUAUGACAUAUUUGCAGCCUCUCCUUGUUGUCCAGCAAGACUGGCGUGCAACAACUGCCAGAGUCCUGUUGUUGAGAGUACAAAUUCUCUCUCGUAUUUCUCUGAUUUUUCUCAUCAACUACGAUGUCCACACUGUGAUGCCAAUGAUUACCACUUUAUCAAGCCUGUUGACCAAAUUUUCAAUUUUCAAGUAGUUUGAGAUAUAUAGAUGAUGUAGCUAGAUAAUAUAUAGAUAAAUAGAUAAAUAGAAAUAUCACUAGAUAUUGCAUAGGCACGAUAUUCUGUUCUCCUGCUACAUCGACAUUGUUAUAGAAAUAUAGAUCAGUAUAUUAACAGUA